AUGGUGUCUACACGCUCCGGAACCAAGAAAGAGAUCACGGCACAAGUUGCGGCGAUUGAUCGAGCGUGUGCGGCAAGAUCGACCAAGCAGACGGCUAUAACGGAGUUCUUUGUCAAAGUCGUUGCCAGGUCCACGGUAGUGACGGAAGAUGGCACAUCGAACAAUGGCACUGUCAUGGAAAGCGCUGUCAGUGUCACCACCUCGAACUCCAGCUUGACGACGGCUUCGGGAUCAGUGGAUUCUUCGAAGAGCGAUGUGGCGUUGCAAAUAAACUUGCACAAUCACCAAUUCACGUCCAGCACAAGCCCUGAAGAGAAUGCACAAGUCUUGUCCGUCAAAGCCAACGGCAAGUCACCAUCAACCCCAAGAAAGCCACUCAACGCCCGUGGCAAGAAGCGCCAGCCAGUCGAAAAAGCUUCAUCAUCCACGGUCGUCAAGAAGUUGAAGGUGUCAGAGACCAAGGGCACGAAGGUCAAGACCGAGGAUGUCGAUGAAGAAUUUCUUCCUGAGCAGACUGAACCGACCGUGAAUCAGCAGCCUCAGUCUGAACGCCGUGUGCUGCGUCUAAGACCUCGCCGUGGGAAGGAUCAGAAGACCGCUACUGAGGGUUCCAAUGUCGGUCAAAGCUAUCCAGCGAAGAUAGUCCUUCUUUCCCUUCCACCAGCAAAGCUCAAGGCCAUUGUUGAUGCUGCAGAUCGCCAGGCUGAAAAAGAUGCUCAAGGCACAAAAAAAGGAGCUAAGGCUCUCAAAUCUGCUCAAGUGACUACCAAGCGGAAGCAGGGAUUCAGACGUCCACGAGGCAUGCCAUACACGAACAACUACCAGUUUGCGUUCGGCGAGGACAGACUGCCAAACCACCUUGAACCCACAGCCGCAAGCAUUCAAGAGGUCGCCAAGAUCAUGGAACUGGAACGCAUGGAUAUGGUAAAGUCUGGCAAGGUUGCACCAGGAGCAGCGACGCCAUUUCAUGCCGGAAAAGGAAUUAGUGCAGAGUCUCUUGUGCGCGUGAUUCUGUCACAGGUGUGCACAAACGAAGCAGCUCUUGACAUCCAGGCGACUAUGAGACAGGCCUAUCCGUACUGGGUCAACGGUCAGAAGUUCAUCGGCAACUUCCCGAACUACCACAGUAUGCGAGUUCAGAGUGUGGAAAAGCUUCGACAAGUGAUCCAAGUUGGCGGAUUCGCGUUCAAAGCCAAGUCAAUCAAGGACUGUCUCGACAUCAUCUACGCAAAGAAUGUAGCUCGCAUUCCACCUGGAACAAUUGAACAUGCAGGAAAUGAGCCCUUUGCGACCGAUUUCGUACCCGGCUUGCUGUCCAUGGAUUACCUCUGGGACAUUCAUCAACAAGGUGGCAAACAAGCCGUCUUUGACAGCCUUGUUCAGCUUCCACAGGUUGGUGUCAAGUCAGCUUCUUGCUUGAUGGCGUUCAACAUGGGCCUUCCCGUGUUUGCUGUCGACACUCAUGUUGAAAGCAUGGCAAAGCUUCUUGGCUAG